AGGAACUCAUUCCUUUGAUCGUGUGACGAAAAUGAUAUGCGACAUAAAUAAGCAAUAUAAAUUACCCGUGGAAAAAAUUGUUUAUACGAUUACUGACAAUGGAUCUAACUUCGUUAAGGCAUUUAAAGAAUUUGGAGUUGAAUUAAGACCUAUAAAUGAAUGUGACAGUGAUGACGGAUCUGACUCUGAUUCCGAUUCAAAUGACUCGAUAAUUGCUUUAGGUCCUCAAUUUCGAUCUGUAACUCCACGUCUGUCAAAACACUUUCCUUGUGCGAGCCACACUCUAAAUCUUUUGGCUUCAACCGAUUUCAACAAAAUUUUGAAUUCAUCAAGUCAGGAUAUUAAAGAUAUUCACAAAAGAUCUUUCCAAAGAUGCACACAGCUUUGGAAUAAAUGCAAUAGACCAAAAUCUGCAGAAGUAGUUAAUGAAGUUAUAAACGCGAAUUUAAUAACUCCAUCGAAGAAGUUGAGUACUUAG